AGGCGCACGCGAGACGGCGGGGUCUAGAGGACCCUGCGCGCGGGCCGGAGGCUGCGCGGGGGCUGCUGGGAGGGCGGCCGCAAUGUCGUCGGCUCAGCGGGCUAGGGUGCUGCGGUGCUUCCGCUGUCGCCUCUUCCAAGCACACCAGGAGAAAAAGAGUCUCAAGUGGACAUGCAAAGCUUGUGGAGAGAAGCAGUCAUUUUUGCAGACUUAUGGUGAGGGCUCUGGUGCUGACUGUAGAUGCCAUGUCCAAAAAUUAAAUCUGCUGCAGGGACAGAUUUCAGAGAUAUCACUCAGGUUUCUGGAAGAGCCUGUAAAUGUUGAUGAGGAAAAUUCAGGGCCUGGGAAUGCUGAGCAUGAGAGUGUGCAGGAAAAACCUCAGUCCUCAGAGAACCGCUGGCUGAAGUAUCUGGAAAGAGACUCAAAAGAACUGGGAAUGGAAGAAGGAGUGUGUUUCAAGAGACAGUCUUUAUCUGGGACAGAGACGCCAGACCCUCCCUUCAACACAGGCCUGCCUAGAAAAAGGAAAUGGAGCCAGAGCACAGUCCAGCCUUCACACAGCCCAGAUGUCCAGAACGUGAGUGACUCUGAGGUUACCUUGGAGCCCCAGAAGGACCAUGCUGGCCUGGCAGGGAAGGUCAGAGAAGAUGGCAGUCACCAGAACAGGGGCACCAGGGAGCUUGCUGUUCCUCAGGGGGGUCCUCCACGUCCAGCCCCACAGGUCAGGGCCGUAUCUUCCAAGUCUGAACAAUUUCUUCUGCCGCCUGGAAAUGGCCCCCGUGUGGACACAGGGCUCCCAGGAACCCUGGCAAAAAACCCUAGGCCAUCCAGGGCAGCACUGGCUGAGCAGGGGACCCUCUGGGCCCAGACCGUGAGCAAAGGGUGCCCCGGCAGGCCCUGCAGUACACCCAAGCUUCCCUGGGCACCCCCCACACUCCUGUCCAGGUCCCAGAGGCCCUGCCUAAAGACCUCCAAACAGCCCUGGGACACUGGUCCUCUGGCAAAGGGUAGACCCUUGGUCACAGGAGGGCAGGAGCCCCCACUUGUGCGGCUGUGUGACCUCUUUAAAACUGGUGAGGACUUUGAGGAUGACCUGUGAGCUGGAAUUAGAAUGUUACCAACACAGGCACAAGUUACAUGAGCCCUGCUCCAUUAGGCGCCUCGGCCACUGAAAAGGGGCUCCCAGAUUAGCUUUUAAAUGGGACUGGGGGUGGGGGGCACCUGGAUGGCUCAGGAGGCUAAGCAUCUGCAUCACAAUCCUGGGGUCCUGGGAUCAGCUGCUGAGCAGGGAGCCUGCUUUUCCCUCUGCCCCCUCGCUUCCCCCUGCUCAUGCUCUCUCUAGCUCACACUCUCAAAUAAAAUCUUUUU